GUGGUGAUUGACCUUGAGUUUGGCGACCUAAUGGAGGAAAAGGAGAAGAAGUCGAUGGCGUACCAGCUGGGCAUCUGCUACAGCGCCAACUGCAAGGCGGUGGUUCCCGCUCAGAUCCACGUCACCGGUCUGGGUAGCGGCAUGGGUGAUGUGGUUCGGAAGGUGUGCAGCGGCGUUGAGCACUGGGCGGUGCACAUGAGCGACGAGACCUAUCUGGAAUCACCCGCGCUGGCGGAGCGUAAAACAAACCUGGUGUACCUCACCGCGGACAGCGAACACGAGCUCGAGGACUUCAAGGACGACGAGGUGUACAUCAUAGGGGGCAUCGUGGACAGGAACAGGUACAAGAACUUGACUCUGAACAAGGCCAACGAGCAGGGCAUCAGGCACGCGCGGCUGCCAAUCAGGGAUCACCUCAAGAUGUCCGGCACGCACGUGCUCACCGUCAACCAGACGCUCGACAUAAUACACGCGCAGCUCGAGCUGCGGGACUGGGACCAGGCCAUGGACCGCGCUGUGCCCAUGCGAAAG